AUGCGAAUGGAAGAGACUGUAACGAAUGCCCUGUGCGCGUUAAUUGUUUCGUUGUUUGUUAGCAAUUUUGUACAAAAGUCGUGUUUCGAUGUUGGGGUGUACGGUAAUCAGACCCUAAGCGACAGUAUCUUGGCGUCAAGGACUUGUCUAGCGACAAGCAGUAAUGGGCCCACAACUACAGACUUUAUCAUAAUCAUUGGAGUGCCGAGUCUUUGUAUUACCAUCACCUGCUCUGUAUGUGCAAUUUUCCACUAUAAAAAGAACAAAUACAGUACCCGACGUUUUUUGAACCGAUGGCAAGCGCAGGUUUCCACUCAUCCUAAGGAAACAGUCAGUCACCAUCACCUAAAAAAUCAGCAACUGCCUGAUCCGGCUAGUAUGGUCAUGGCAAAUCAUUACGCGGAUAUCAAAGCGUUGGCCAAUGCACAUAAGUAG